AUGUCAACUCGAGUCCGCUUCUCCCAGGAGCAGCCUGGCAUCACUUAUCUGCCAGCCUCCUCCAGCGCAACUCCAUUCCUUUCGGAAAUUCUAUCAAAACCGAUGCCAAGAAUCCAUCGAGAUGACGAAUACACAAUGGAUGUGUUCACCGCUGCAAGCAUCGGCGCUGUUGAAUUUCUCAAAGAGAUGGCUAAUAUCAAAUCUCCCGCAUUGAAAUCCAAAAAUCUGUCUGGGUGGACACCAUUGAUGUAUGCUGCUCAUCUUGGGCACAAGUCCAAUGCUGUCGUUCUUCUGGAUUACGGUGUUGAGGUUGAUGAUCAAAAUAACAAAGGCCAAACCGCGUUGAUGAUGGCAACUGCAUGUGGAAAUACUGAUAUUAUGCAUCUUUUGUUGAACAAAGGGGCAAAAGUAAAAAUGUUUGAUAGUAAUAAGCGAACGGCUUUGCAUUAUGCAGCGAAUUGCAGCCAGCAUAUGGCUGCUGAUAUUCUCCUCUCGGCUGGGGCUGAUCCAAAUGCGCCUGAUGUUAUGGGAAACACGCCAGUUCACGAAUCGGCUGCAACCGGCCAUGAGCUGACAUUCUCGAACCUUCUUGAACGAGGAGCUGACGUGGACGUGAAGAAUCAUCGAGGUGAAGACGCUGCCGCGCUCGCCUAUGAGCACGGCAAAAUUCUUCAAAUGAUCAAAGAUCAUCGAAAAGAGCAGAACGCUCGAAAAGAAGCUCCGACGCAAUCGGAAAGCGCCGCAAAAUUUCCAAGAAGUUUAUCGGAAUUGCUUGAAGAAAUGGAUUUGUCGAGAUACAGCGAGCAAUUCAAAAACGAAAAUAUCGACUUGAAUGUCUUUUUCGAUUUGAAAAAAGAGGAUUUUGAUGAUAUGAAGAUUGCGUACGGGCCGAAAAAGAGAAUGAUGGACGUGAUUGAGAGAUACAAGACUACUGGUGUGAUUCGAACUGACGCAUUUCCAGCAGCCGCUAAUAUGGACUAUGGGAUCAAAUCUGAGAAUUCUAGCGAACUUGCUGCUCAAUAUCUUUCAAGCCUCCAAACCGUCGCUGGAAUCAACGAUAAGAACAAGAACUAUGCAAUUUCUGCUUUGCAACACUUGUCAGCAGGAAAUCUAGAAAAGACGAGACUUCUUCUUAUGAACAUUAUUGAGGGAAUCGAUCGCACCACAGCCCAAAUUUCAGCGCAUGGGGUUUAA